AAUCACCACACUUAUCCUCUCUACCGUCUCUACUAAGAGCAGAGCAGAGCAGUGAACUCCUCUCUCUUUCUCAGAUGGCUGCUGCAACUUAUCUUUGUUUUUCUCCACCAAUUUCAGUUUCUUCUCUCCCUUCACGCAAACCUAACUUUGUUACUCCCAAUCUCCAGACCAGUCAAUCUCGAAUUUGCACAAGAAUACGUUGCAAUAUAGACUUAUUGGGUGAUUUUGGGGCGAGAGACCCAUUUCCAGCUGAAGUAGAGAGUAAAUUCGGUGAUAAGGUUUUGGGUUUUUCUGAUACGGAGCACAAAAUUCUCAUCCCAGCUGCCUAUGCUCUGUCCCUUGCUAAUCAGGAAUGCACUGAUAUCUCUCCCAAUCAGACUCCCUUGUCGGAAUUUGAAGCUAAACAGCUUUUAUUCAAGGUUGUUGGCUGGAGAUUAGCAAAUAAAGAUGGGGUGCUUAAACUACAAUGCACAUGGAAAUUAAAAGACUUCGAUUGUGGGGUUGAACUGAUCAAUAGAAUAGGCAAGGUGGUGGAAGGCACAGGGCACCUCCCCACUCUUCAUCAAUUAGAGCAGUCUAAUCAAGUUCAUGCUGAGCUGUGGACUCCUUCCAUUGGUGGUUUGAGCAUAAAUGAUUUCAUUGUAGCUGCUAAAAUAGAUCAGGUAAAGACAUCGGACCUCGUACCAAGAAAAAGAGUCUGGGCAUGAUCAGAUAAUAGCUUUGCGAAUCACACCAAAUACAGUUUCCAGAAUUGCAGUUGCUUAUCCUUCAGUGAAAAAAAACUCGUCUAAUAAACAAUGGCAAGGGAUUUUUCACUGCAUUAAUUCUGUAUUAACUUUAUAAUUGAUUCUUUACAAUGCCAAUAGACAUGGUGCUCCAUUAUCAAAUUCUCUGAACCAUGGGAUCCAAAUCCAAAGGCAUAGCAAUUCUCAAAUGAUAUGUUUAAUUUUUGUUUGUUAUUAAUGUAAAAGGUAAUUAAUUUCUUG